AUGAAGGUUGCCCUCCUCUCCGCCAUUGUGUUUGGCGCCAUCUCGGCUGCCGCUUCAUCGUCGCAUGUCCUGGCAGAUGAGUACUAUCUCCAGAAUUUUGCUCAUGCUCACUAUCCUUCGUACUCUUCUGCUAAGAAGAGUACGAAGAAGAGCAAGGACUUUAAAUCAGAGUAUCAACACUCUGAAUAUCAAUCCGAGCACCACUCUAAGCACCAUAUCAGCAAGACGGCUCCUCUCCUCCUGAAGCGAGUCAAUGCAGGAAACACCUUAGAAAUCGGCGAGAGUGCUGCCAAUGUCAUUAAGAGCGCUUUGGAGGGCGGCAAGAAGAGUGGUGACACCAUCAUCAACCACUAUGGUACUUCCACCUCCGAGAGCCUUGGAGGCCACUUUCAUCCUGGAUCUGGUGGCAACCCUCAAGCCUACUCUCCUUACGCCCAUCCUCCUUACGCCCAUCCUCCUUACGCCCAUCCUUAUCCGCCUCCUCAAGCCGCCGGCGGUACGGACGCUCUUUUGCACGCCAAGAUCGACAAGAUUGGUCGUAAGUUCACAAAGCUCAAGGGCGCCCAGAUCGAAAAUACUAAGCAAAUCCAGAUUAUACAAGAAAUGCAGGCUAGAACUAUGAUGGAGGAACAAGCUGGCGGUGCUCGAGGCGCUACUGCGGCUAAAGGCGCUACUGCGGCUAAAGGCGACCCCGAGGCUCAGCAAAAAAAGCGUAGCUUUGGAAAGGGAUCUAUGUUCCUCACUGCCGCUGGUGGUUUAGCCGCUGGUGUGAUAGGAACUAAGAUGCUUGACAGCAAGCCUGCUGUUCCUGACACUGCCUACAGCCCUCAAGACAUGGCUGCCAUUCAGCAGGCUAGCGCCGGCACUCCAGGUGGUGCUACCAUCGACGGUCCCACUGCCCAAGGAGGCCAAGGUCAAGGUGAGAGCCAGGGUGGUGGAGGCGGCGGAAGUGGCGGAGGUCAGCCAGAAUUCUUGGGUCCUUACUUCGACCAGGCUACUCAAACCAGGUACAUCAUUGACGGAGAGGGAUACUAUCACUUCCUAGGCUCAGGCAACCAUGAAAUCAGGCCCCCUCCCGGCUGGUCCAAAAAUGGUCCUGUGCGUGAUGACGGUAGCGGCGGUGCAGAAACCGAUGACGGCAGUAACGGUCAGCAGGAAGCUGCUGGUGGCGCUGCUGGAGGUGGCGCUGCUGGAGGUGGCGCUGCUGGAGGUGGCGCUGCUGGAGGUGGCGUUGCUAGAGGCGCCGAUAGUGGACCUGCUGCUGGCUUCCCUCAAACUUCGGCCAAUGGCGCUGAUGUUGCUCCUCAGCGGGACAGGCAGUUCCCUUCCUCAGCCGAAGGCGGUCAGAGCGACUCUUCUAACAAGCCUAUCUGGGAUAAUACGAUCAAGAUGUACUACGUGGUCGGACCCAACGGCGUCAAGUUCUACAUCGACACCGAAACAGGCUAUCUGGUCAACUCGGUCACCCUGGAUAUCAGCGACCCCAAGACGGGCCAGAUCAUUAUGAGCGGCAAGGACGUUAUGAAAGGCAGUUCAACUGGUCCUGGAGGCGCCGCUGGUGGCAAUGCUGGCGGAAAUGCUGGCGGAAAUGCUGGCCGUAUGAAGAAGCGUUCAAUUCGACACCAUCAGUUCCACAAGCGCUCAUAUGAGCAAGCUGCUUUAUACGCCCAAAGUCCGGCACUGAGGGCCCAGGCAAGGAUCGCUAUGUUACGCGACUCGGGUCGUCUGCAACCAACUGUCUCCGCCGCUGCCCGAAAAGCAGGCAUUGGAAAGACUCUCGUCAAAGUUGGUUUAGGUGCUGGUCUUCUCAUCGGAACUGUGUUGGCUGUGGGCGCUUAUGCCCAUCCUAACCGACCCGGCACUUCGCCUGACAACGAGUACGGUCUGGUUCCAACAUCAAUCUGCGAUGUCUACGGCGAACCGAUCGUGCAAGACUUCCGUAAGGUGCUGUGGAACAAGUCGACACUCACGCGCCUGGAUCCAAAUAAUCUUCCUCCGUUGCAUACAUGCUCGAAGCAAGAGUUGGAGGAUGCAGGCGUGUCUACGGAGCAACAGGGAGCUAUGCAGAAGCGCGACUCGGUCGAGAGCAAGUCUCAGGACCAAAUGGCUAAGCUCGUUCAAGAUGCCAAGGCUGAUCAUUCGGAACACAACCUGCGCAAGCGUUCCGAAACGAACACCAAGGAACGAGACCAUUCUUUGGAGAAGCGACAAGGUGAAGGUGCUGUGGCCUCCACAGUCGCUAAGGGUGCCGGACUCGCCUUCCUACCUUCCAUCGGCUGGGCUGGUGCGGCGGCAAUCGGAGCCACUGCCCUUGUCACUGCUAUCUACCUGCACAACAUUCACAAAGAAAAGGAGCUUGCAGCUAUGCAGGAAUGGAACAGCCAGUAUCACUCCGCCGGUGAAGCUGCCAGCUCUGUUGGCAAUGCGAUCAGUACGGGCGCCAAUGGUCAACUCUUCAAUCCUCUAACUGGCAGUUUGAUUAUGGUGGAUCCCAACACUGGUUUGUACUAUGACGCGAGCACUGGUGAACAGGUCAACCCCAAGACCGGCAUGCCGUCCAGGUAUGGUGGUGAAGACAGUUCCCAGCAGCAGCAACAGCAGCAGGCUCCUCAACUGCCUCUUGACAACGCUGGUAACAUGUCAGGCAACUCGCCUGAAGUGCAAAAGGCUAUGGAGCAGUGGAAUUUGAUGUCGCCACAGCAGCAACAACAGCUGUUGAACCAGUAUGGAAGUGCUGCUCAGCAAAUCCUCGACUCUCCUGAUCCAAACGCUGCUCUGCAAGCUUGGUCGCAGCAACAAGCUCAACAGGCUCAGGCAGUGCAGCCUGUCGUCACGCAACGUGGUCCUGUCAUUCCACAGUCGCAGCAGCAGCAACAGCAACUACCGCCUUCACGAUACAACAUGGCUGUUAGCAACACCGCAAGCAGCUACGAUGGUGCUGGUGGUGGCGCAGGCGCCGGACCUGCCAUGUGA